CACAGAACACAUGGUGAAUGUGACUGAGCUCAGGCAGCAGGGACCAAAGUAGGUUACUGGUUACAGUGGAACAAAGAUUAUUGAUAAGUGAACCAUCACAGCCAGUGGUGAGACAUUCUUCACAAAUGUGCUGCUGUUAUAAUCCCUCCAUCUCUGUGUGGCUUUUUCUUCUAUUUCAAGGAAAGUUUAUCCUGGGUCACAGAGUUGACAGCAACAUGGAUAGUCGGGUUGCCUCAUCCCUCCCUGGAUUUGGAAAUCUUACCCAGGGAUACAACAGAUAUCUCAGGCCAAAUUUUGGUGGAAAACCUGUGACGAUAGCCAUGAGCGUCAACAUUGCAAGUAUUUCCAGCAUAUCUGAAAGCGAUAUGGACUACACAGCUACAAUAUAUUUGCUGCAAUGCUGGACAGAUCCCCGACUGGUUUUUAAAGGGAACAAAAGCUUUACUCUGGAUGCCCGGCUGGUGAAAUACCUGUGGGUACCUGACACAUACAUUGUGGACGCCAAAAGGUCUUUCCUGCAUGAGGUCACAGUAGAAAAUCGACUCAUACGACUGUUCUCCAAUGGUACUGUCUUAUAUGCUUUACGAAUUACUACAACUGUUGCGUGUAACAUGGAUCUGUCAAAAUAUCCUCUGGAUACACAGACGUGUAGAUUGCAACUGGAAAGCUGGGGAUAUGAUGAAAAUGAUAUCCUGUUCACAUGGCUGAGGGGGAAUGAUUCCAUACGUGGCCUUGACCAUUUGCGUCUUUCUCAGUACACAGUAGAGCGCUAUUACACCUUUGAAACAAGGUCACAGCAUGAAACAGGCAAUUACCCAAGACUGAUAGUGCAGUUUGAGCUCAAGAGAAAUAUCCUUUAUUUCCUUCUGGAGACUUAUGUGCCAUCUACUCUGCUGGUCAUUUUGUCUUGGGUUUCUUUUUGGAUCACCUUGGAUUCAGUUCCUGCAAGAACAUGUAUCGGAGUGACGACCGUUCUGUCGAUGACCACGUUGAUGAUGGGCUCCCGGAACUCAGUCACGAAAACCAACGGUUUCAUCAAGGCCAUUGAUGUUUACCUUGGCAUCUGCUUCAGUUUUAUAUUUGGCGCGUUAGUGGAAUAUGCAGUUGCCCAUUAUAUCGCAUCGCAGAAAGACGCAGCAAAUAAGCCACGAAAGGAUUCUGCAAAUGACAUCAUGAAAAAAACGGGAGAUAUCAGCAUCAUCGACAUCUUGAACACUUCUGUCACCAGCUACAAUAAAAAGCUAAACUUCCCCACCUUUGAGAAUGGCUUAACCAUGAACCCAAAGGACAAAAUUCGGUUUAUCUUGAAGAACAAAAUGCGCAAAGCCAAUGACUAUUUCACCAUUCACAAUCCGAGCAAGAUUGAUCACUAUUCAAAGCUGCUGUUUCCUUUGUUUUUUAUGGUGGUCAAUUUACUCUACUGGGCUUAUUACUUGUGUUUUUAGAAAGGUGGGGGCGUGAAUCAUGUCAGCAUCAUCACAAUACAUUCAGGAGUACACUCUCAGCUGGUGUGAAUGAUCCCAUGAGAUGCUCAGUGGCUUGGGAAGUUCCUUUUUAGUAGGAAAUGAAGGCCUACUCAUAUAACUUCAGUAGCAUGUGGUAGCUUUGGAAGAAAGCCUUACCAAUGUGGCCUCUCAGCUGUAGCCAUUAGCCAGCAUGUUAAUGGCUGUUCUUAUGUUGGACAUUUGACCAAAACUUGGGGUUGACAGCAGUGGUGGGAUCCAAAAAUUUUAGUAACAGGUUCCCAUGGUGGUGGGAUUCAAA